AUGUCAAAAGCAAGUUGCGACAAGUCCGUUAUUGGGGUAGUGAUUGGCUCUCUCAUUCUUCUCUUUCCAUCACUUGCCUAUUUGAUUGCACAAAUUGUUCUCACAGUCAAAAACAAUGUUCAUUUGGAAGGAAAUGAUUUGGUUUUUUCAAUUCUCACUUACACUGCACUUUCAGUUUUUAUUUUAACAGGUGUGAUUGGAAUUGCAUCCAUUGUCGAUUGUUUUGGAUCGAAUAAUGCAAGCAUUUCUCGUAAAUAUCUCAUUGGAUGUGCCAUUCAUUGGUUUAUUUGGAUUUUACUCUCCAUAGGCGCUGUCAUUGCCUUAAUUGUUGUUUAUUCAUUACAUUUAGAGACAAUUUUGCAAACACCUCAACCCAAUAAUCCUCAACCCAAUCCAUCGAACGGUGACCAACUCGAUGAAUAUACCAAACAAAAAAUUCUUGUUGGUACUUGGAUUGGUGUGAGUGGUUUCAUUCUAUUGUGUUGUUUAUUACCCAUUUGUUGUUGUGGAGUUUCGAGAAUGAUUUCAGUUGUGAAAUCCACACGUCAUACAAUGGGUGAACAAGGACAAUAUUCGAGAUUAUCAAAUGAUGAUUUGUAA